AUGUUGAGAAGUUGUACUAAAAGAUUAUAUUUGCAAACUUGCAAAGACAUUCAGUCUUCAAAGAGAUGCUUUCCUUUAGUAAAUCAACGUUUUUUCACCAAGUUAUCCGGAUCUUCCCAACACAUCCACAAAGAAACCCAUAAUGCAAAUUCUAUCUUUGAUACCCCCUUUGAUGAGUUAUUUAAGAACGAUAGUCUCUCUCAAGUAUUCAACGAUUCCAAAGAUGUCAGUUACCGUGCUGAUGAAAACAUUCUGAAACUAUUUUCUCCUAUGGAUGAGACCUUGGGUGACAACUGGAGAUCGAGCUUCCAGGCUGAAUCUGAAAAAUUGUCGAACUCAUUUUUUUCUCCUGAAGAAUUGAACCAGUAUGAGCAAGAAAAUAAACCAAACUUGAUUCAAAAAGAACGAAGCAUGUUGAGAAAAGUGUUAGAUUCGGUGGCCCGCAAAGACUCGCAAUCUUCGGACAAAAUGUUUGGUGAAGCCAAAUACAAAGGUGACGUGAUUGAUGACAUGCUUUCCGUUAUCAAAACAAAGGUUGGUAUUGAAAACAACAGAAAAGUCACUGAAAUCGACGGCGAAUCAUCGCUACAAUUAAGAUUGGCAUUGGAACCAACCCUUGAUUACAUGAACCAAGAAAUUCAGACGGAUUUUGAACUUAUUGAGUUUAUACAACAUAACAUCCUUAAGCAAUAUGCUACAACUCCUUCCAGUCCUGAUAGUGCGAAAAUUGCAAUGGAAAAAGUCAUCAGUGAUCAAAUAGAUGCUAUUAAACAUUCCAACGAUGCGUUACCAAGUCAUCCAAUAGUGAAUGAAUACACUUUACCAAUCCUUUUGGAAGAAGGCUUGAGAGCAUUAUACAACAACUACUCUCAUCCUUCACAAGCACUUUCAGACAUCAACUCCAUCUUCAACUCCAUCAAAGAAGCAGAUAGCUAUGAACUAUAUUGUUUUGGCUGUAAUAUUGAUGUUUUCAACUUCUUGAUGGAAAUAAAUUGGAAACAUUACUUGGAUCCUCUUAAAAUUGAAUCUUUAAUUGUUGACCUUGUGGCAAAUGGAACUAGACCAAAUGAAAAAACUAUUGAUGUUUUGAGAGAAAUAGUCAAAAGCCAUGAUAGUUUAUUGACAGAUGAUAACAAAAGACUUGGGACUUUGGACGAAAACAAAGUAAAAUUGCAAGACUACCUUGAUGAUGAGUUCUUCAAGGGAAGUUUGACUGAUCAUCAGACCAAUUACAGUGCAAUUUGGAAUAAGCCUGAUUAUUUCAAUGGCAAAAGAUUAUCAUCCAAGUUGAGAGGUAUUGAACGAGAAGUCCAAUCAUUGCAUUAA